GGUUUGAAGUUGGGGUUGUGUGAACAGAGAGUGGGGUAUUGGUGCUAACUGGGGGCAGGCGUGGUUUCACUGGGUAUAUAUAACAGUGGGGAUACUGUUUAUUUACCCUCUACAUUGAAUUCCUUGGUCCAAGAGUUACUCUUCCCUGCUAGGAACCAACCAUGACUUUCUACAGGCACUCAGGCCCACGUAGCUAUCUCAGCUCCAUCAUGACCGAGCGCUUCAACUGCUUCUACUGCAGAGAUGAUCUGCAUGGCAAAAAGUACCUGAUGAAGGAUGAAAAGCAUGUGUGUGUGCGCUGCUUUGACAAGCUGUGUGCCAACACUUGUGCAGAAUGCCGUCGACCUAUAGGAGCUGACGCUAAGGAGCUGACCCAUAAGAACCGCCACUGGCAUGAGGACUGCUUCCGCUGUGCCAAGUGCUACAAGCCGCUGGCCAACGAGUCUUUUGCAGCUAAAGAUGAUGGCAAGAUCAUGUGUGGGAAAUGUGGUGCCCGUGAGGACUCACCCCGCUGCCAGGGCUGUUACAAAGUCAUCAUGCCUGGGUCUCAAAAUGUGGAGUACAAGCAUAAAGUGUGGCAUGAGGAGUGCUUCAUCUGCUUUGAGUGCAAGCAGCCAAUCCGCUCGCAGAGUUUUCUGACCAAGGGGGACGAAUUCUACUGUGGGGCUUGCCAUGAGAAGAAGUUUGCCAAGAACUGUGCCCGCUGCAAGGAGCCCAUCACCUCUGGUGGGAUCAGCUAUCAGGAUAAACCCUGGCACUCCGAAUGCUUUGUGUGCCUCACCUGCAAGAAGCCGCUGGCUGGUGCUCGCUUCACUGCUCAUGAGGAUGACUUCUACUGUGUGGACUGCUACAAGACCUCUGUGGCCAAGAAGUGCUCCGGAUGUCAAAAUCCCAUCACUGGUUUUGGCAGAGGGACUAAUGUGGUGAACUAUGAGAACCACACUUGGCAUGAGUACUGCUUUAACUGUAAGAAGUGCUCUCUCUCCUUGGCUCACAAGCGCUUCGUCAUGCAUGAGGAGAACAUCUACUGCCCUGACUGUGCCAAAAAGCUGUAAGACUGCAGAUGAUGUUUCCAGAUUGCAUUUUAAGGAAGUUUCCACCUUAUACUGGUGUUAACUAGAAUUCAUUACUAGUGCUUUUGGUCUGCUCCUUAAUUGGUGUUUCAAUAAUCAAGCUAAUCAAAGGCAAAAAAACA